AGCUGAGGCGUCUCCCUACGCUCACUCCCAGUCACAUUUUCUCAUCAGUAUUACAGCGUGUGUGAGAGAGACAGGCGCCGCGGAGAUGGAGCUGGUACCCAUGGAGAUCAACCCGGAGAUGCUGAACAAACUGCUGGAUAAAGGUGGUGCUAAUCCUACCUGGAAAUUUGUGGAUGUCUUGUGUUUUGAGGAUGAGUACCUUAAGUCGCUCUCUCACCCAAUCUGUGCGGUGCUUCUGCUCUUCCCUCUCACCUCACAGCAUGAAGAAUUCAGGAAGAAACAAAAUGAGGACCUGAAGGGCAAAGAGCCAGAUCCCAAAGUCUAUUUCAUAAAACAGACUAUUACUAACUCCUGUGGAACAAUUGGGCUCCUCCAUGCUGCAGCCAAUAACCAAGACAAACUGAGUUUUGGUGAUGGUUCUGCAUUGAAAGACUUCCUAAAUAAAUCUGCAGAUGCUUCUCCUAAUGACAGGGCGAAACUCCUGGAGAAAAAUGAGGCCCUACGUUCUGCACACAACUCUGUUGCAGCUGAGGGUCAGUGCAGGGUAGACGAUGACGUACACUUCCACUUCGUAGUGUUCACGGCUGUGAAUGGACAUCUGUAUGAGCUUGAUGGGUUAACUCCACAACCAAUUGAUCAUGGUUCUACCUCUGAGAAAUCCUUCCUGAAGGAUGCAGCAAAGAUCUGCCAUGAUUAUACUGUGCGUGAGAAAGGUGAAGUACGCUUUUCAGCAGUAGCUCUGGUUAAAGCAUAAUGCUUAAAGGCAAAGCUCUUGUAUUCCACUUAACAACGGUGAAGCGUUACCAGUUACACAGCUCACGGCUUACUACUCCAGCAAGAUGUCUUAACUGCUUUUUCAAGUUAUGUUCUCCUGCAUAGAAAGUUCUUUCUGUGGUUCGGUGCUUUAAGGUUUCUCCUACCAUUGUAAAUGUUUUGCACUCCAGUGCAGCACUUGUUCUGAAUAAAGUUCAUUUUGGAAAACA